AUGAGUAGUGUUAUACAGAACAUAUUUGGAAUCAUUUUAAAUGUGGAAUUUUUAAUUGGGAUUUUAGGAAAUGGAUUCAUAGCACUGGUGAACUGUGUGGACUGGGUCAAGAGAAGAAAGAUCUCUUUAGUUGAUCAAAUCCUCACUGGUUUGGCACUCUCCAGAAUUGGUAUGCUGUGGUCAAACAUCAUAUAUUUACUGAUACCUGUACUGUACCCAGGUUUAAUGAUAAAUGGAAACAUGGUAAGAAUCAUUUAUAAUCCAUGGAUGGUAACCAACCAUUUUAGCCUCUGGCUUGCUACAAGUCUCAGCAUCUUUUAUUUUCUCAAGAUAGCUAAUUUUUCUCAUUCUCUUUUUCUUUAUCUAAGGUGGAGAGUUACAAUAGUUAUUUCAGGAACACUGCUGGUAUCUCUGGUUCUCUUGUUUUUAAAUAUUGUACUUACAAACACAGAAAUUGAUGUCUGGAAUAGUGGAUAUAAAGGAAACCUGUCAUACAGUUCCAGUUUGAGCAACGUUGCACAUCUUUUCAAUCUUCUUUUAAUCAUAAACACUAUGUUCAUGCUCCCGCCCUUUAUUGUGUCCCUGAUGACGUUUCUCCUGCUAAUCUUCUCCCUGUGGAAACACCUGAAGAGGAUGCAGCACAAUGCCAGAGGGUCCAGAGAUGCCAGCACCACGGCCCACGUGAAAGCCUUGCAAACUGUGAUCGCCUUCCUGCUGCUGUAUGCUGUUUACUUUCUGUCGCAUUUUGUACAAGUUUGGAUGUAUAUAGAGGGAUCUCUGAUUUCAUUUGUCUGGGCUAUUGGAACAGCUUUUCCUUCCGGCCACUCAUUUAUCCUGAUUCUGGGAAAUAGUAAGUUGAGACAAGUCUCUCAGUCAGUGCUGUGGUGGCUGAGGUGCAGGUCCUAAGAUGUGGAACCAGUGGGUCCCUAA